AUGAUGUCCCCUCAGAAAAAUCCUAUAGACCUCAAAACGAUGAUCAAAGACACCAAGCAGGAUAUGGAUGAUGUCCACCAAGCCCUGGAAAAACUCCGAAGUCUCUCGCAGGAAGAGAGGACAGAGGCAGAAGUGUUGCGUUCACGAAUCGAUGAACAGUCUUCUCUGAUCUGCAUUCUGAAGCACAGAGCAGACGAGAUGCUUCAGCGCUGUCAGGCUCUGGAGAAGAUCAACGCAGAGUUGGAGAACCUGAGAGCCAACGUUCAGGUCGAGCUGGAGAACGAGAGGAAGAAAUCCAAUCAGCUUGAGCAGAGAUUCAGGGACCUGGCUGCCAACCACCGAGAGCUGAUUAACUUCAAGGAUGAGUACAAAAGCCAGAACGCAAAGCUGACGAAAGAGAAUGAGAGGCUCAGGGAAGAAAAUGAAACACUUUUCAGCAAAGAACUACAAGAAAAAGAGGAGACUAUCCUUAAACUGACCCAAGAACUCAAAGACUUGGCAGAACAGCAUAAGAGAUUGGAAACAGAGUAUCAGAAGAAAACAAAAGGUUUUCAGAUUAAACUGAAGGAACUGUUGAAUCUCCAUCAGAUCAAAGAAGCUUCAUUGAAGAAUGAACUAAACAAUGCACAAAAACAGCUCAAGAAUGCCGUUGAGAUGUGUGCAGAACUAGAUCUCAGACUAAGACAAACCCAGGAAAAAGAGACAAUGAGAGACACAAAGACUCAAGAAAGACUGGACAAACUCAUGAGGGAAAACAAUGAACUAAUUGAUCUCUCAGUGCAGCGAGGGAAAGUUAUACAGGACAAGCAAGCUGAAAUUCAGGAGCUGGAACGGAAAAGACAGGAGGCCGAGAAUGGCAGGCUAGAUGCAGAGUACAGGUUUCAAAAGGAGGCAGCAGCAGUUAACAGUGAGUUGAAAGUGAAGGAACUACAGAAUGCCUUAGAGAGGGCAGAGGACACAUGCAAUAAACUGAAAAAGGAGUUUGAGGCAUAUAAAAAGCACAGCAGUGAACUGCUUGAAAAGGAGAAGGAGUUAAACUGCAAACUUCGUCACAUGAUCAUCUGAACACUCCAUCCUGUCAAUUCAUUUGUG